AUGGCAUAUCCAGGAUACGGAGGGUAUGGGGCCCCAAUGCCCGGGAUGCCAGCUCAGGGGAUGCCAGGUGCUCACAUGGGCGGCCAUCCCAUGGGGGGUCCGAUGGGCGGUCCAAUGGGAGGUCCAAUGGGAGGUCCAAUGGGCGGACACAUGGGAGGCCAUAUGCCCGGGCAAAUGGGUGGGCCGAUGGGAACACCAAUGGGAGGGGCCCCUCAGGGAGGUUAUGCUGCGUACGGUGGAGGUAUUCCUGGCUUUGGUGCUGCUCCAGCUGCCAAUGAUCCCAUGUGGGGAUACUUCACUUCCAUCGCGGGGCAGGACGGGGAGGUGGAUGCAGAGGAGCUCCAGAGGUGUCUGACUCAAGCCAAUUUCACAGGAAGUUACUCUCCCUUCAGCCUAGAGACCUGUCGCAUCAUGAUCGCCAUGUUGGAUAGAGACUUGACAGGUAAAAUGGGCUUCAAUGAGUUCAAAGAGCUGCUGACCGCCAUGAACGGCUGGAAGCAGAACUUUGUGAUGUUUGACCGGGACCGCAGCGGGACCGUGGAGCCUCAUGAGAUGUCUCAGGCCAUUACCACCAUGGGGUACCGCCUCAGUCCUCAGGGCUUGAAUGGCAUCAUCAAACGCUACAGCAAAAACGGCCGGAUCUUUUUUGACGACUAUGUGGCGUGUUGUGUAAAACUGCGAGCGCUUACAGAGAAUUUCCGGCGGAGAGAUCAGAUGCAGCAAGGAGCAGUGACCUUCCAAUACGAUGACUUCAUCCUGUGCACGAUGUCCCUGUGA